CGUGUUUUUGUGACGUCACGAUCCCGCGAGAUGAGAGUUUGUGACGUCGGGAUUAGCUGUCCGGCAGGAGCCAGGGAGCUGAAUAUUAACGGCGUUGCGGGACGUUUAAGCAGCGAUCCGGGACUGCGGGCUGUGUUAUGAGAAGCGGAACUGUCCCGCGAAAAGCGGGACUGUUGGGCGGUAUUAUGGAUUCUUAGAGACCCCAAGUGGAUGUUGUCUUACAACUUCAAGGGAGUCUUCCAGGAGAAGCUGAUCACUACCAUUCACUGCCUCUUCCCACCUUGGGAACCUGAUAAGCUGUCAUUGCACCAUGCAAGGCAGUGAGGAUGAAAUGGAGACCUAACGCUCAUUCUAUGCCGCGAUGAGCAGGUAUAAGAGAGCAGAGAGAGCAAAAUGAAUGGUGGCAGUGAGAGUGGAGGAGGAGAUAGCUAUGGAGGGCCCCCAACAGUUCAAGUACCAAUUGGCUGGCAGAGAAGAAUGGAGCCAGGCAUGGUGGUGUAUAUCAGUCCAAGUGGAACGGUUCUUACGUCUAUGGAUCAGUUAAGAGCCUACUUAGUGACUGAUGGAACCUGUAAAUGUGGCCUGGAGUGUCCUCUUAACAUCUAUAAGGUUUUUAACUUUGAUCCCAGGGCAGUAGUAAAGCGGCGAAGUGCUGAGGAUGUGAAGGCGGAGGAGGAUAUGACCAAACUCUGCAACCAUCGUAGGAAAAUUGUGGCUCUUGCUACUCUAUACAAGAGUAUUGAGAGUACUCCGCUUGCACUACAGAACCAAGCUGCUGGAUGUAGCCCCAGUCAGAACUUUCAUGGAGCAUCCACAAGCCCAAAGAUGGGACAGCAUCACUGCUCCUUGGAUCCUGAAAUCUUCACCAAACUUAUGAUUGAAAAAGCCCACAGCUUGCCUGCUCAUCACAUGUUGGAUAAACCGCUGGAACACAAACAGGAUACCUAUUCUUCUAACCCUGGAGAAAAGUACCCUGUUCAUCGACCAAACUUACAACCUCCUCCACCCAGGCAGCAAGUGACAACUCUUAGUGAGUCUUAUGCCUUAAGGAACUGUCCGCCGACACCAUCAAAUGGUAGCUACGAGGUGUUUACUAGGGCUCACCAAGCCAUAUCCCAUGAGCUUUACUCUGGCUCUGUUACACAAGUUAAGUCUUCCCAAAACCGGCCUUCGUACCCCUCAUGCAGUCAGGAUCUUUCAGGCUUGUCUCCGAAGUCAUCACUUAGCUCUUGUAGUUUUGCACCAGGUGGGGCUUUCUCCCGGACGCUGGAUGAGCCUUCUCAGGGCCCUCGGCGCUUUUUUGCCUUUCCUGAGAAAGAUCCAUUGGGUAUUUUGGACUCUAGCAGCUGCAAACCACCCAGUCCAAAGCACCACAUGUUAAACUCGCCACCUUGUCACCAGUCUCAGGUUCCCACAAUGAACACUUAUUCUCUUCCUGAAAACCAUCCUGGCAGCCAGUCUUCACCGUCACUACCCCCUCCUUUCUCUCCUUUCCCACGGGGAGGUACACUGACUUCUCCUUCCACCACUAGGUCUUCAGUGUCCUCUAUCUCAUCCCCCGCUGGCAGUGUGGAGCCAUCCCCUCAGCGUUCUCGACACUCCUCUGCCUCAUCUGAGCACUUCCCAGGCCCUACUAGGUCAAGUUCCAGGUCUCCUAGGCCUGUUGCCUCUCCUAAACGCUCUGUACCCCAGAGUCCAAAAGCAAUACUUGAAGGCCUCCCUCCAUUUGGGCAGGCCCAUUUGGGAUCCUCUUCAAAUGCCAGCCAUGCCUUAACCCACCAAAGCAAUAAAACAGCACCAUCUGUGUCUUUGGGAGCAGCGCAAGGCCUACUGGGCUUUCCUCUUGGGUGCAUUUUGGGCCAGCAAAGCAAUGCCUCCUUCCCAGCCAGCAGUCUCCUUACAGCAGCUGCAAAGGCUCAAAUGGCAAGUCAAACCAAACCAGAAGCCACAGCCUCUAGCACUUUACCUAAUCGUUUGUUAAAUCCAAACUCCAUGCUUUCUGGAGCUGGCACACAGGAAAGCCGGGGACUUCCAGCCAGGCCUCACUCCCAAAGAAGAGAUGCAAUCUUGAAAAGAAAAAGACAAAAAAAUUCUCCAGGUCCUGACACGAGUCCCCAGGAUUCUAGUGGGCAUUUUCCUCCUUCUGGUAGUCCUCUUGGGCUCUCUAAAUUGAAUCCUCCUGUUAUGUCAAAGCUGGUAGGGAGUGGGAGUCAGUCUGAGGAAGACAUGGGAAGAUCCAAAGUUGUACAUCCACACCCAGUUGCGGGUCAAACGGUUUCUUCUCUUCAGACACCUCGAUCAUCAGUUGAGGAGUCCCCAAGCCAAAGUAAAACUCCUGGCCUGUCUCCAUCUUCCCAGGACCUUAGCAGCCAGCUACUUGGUCUUGUAGGACAACUAGUUCAGACAGCUACAGAGCAGAACUCAGGGACACCAUUACCACAGAAAUUACCUUCAACCCCCGUUGGGACAAAUACAUCUACUUCAACUGCACGACCCAACCAUUCUCCUGUAGCAAAGAGUGCUUCUGCUCCUAACGUGGCGCCAAGCUGUGUGACAGAAGGUGUUAAUGAGCUGCCUUGUUCCUUGCCUCCAUCUGGGGAUAGCUUUCCCUUUCUCGGUCAGGAUCAGGUACUGCCGUUUCCUGCAUCUCCUGCUCUAUUAAACCUAGCGCUGCUGGGAUCAUUACCACUUUCCCUUAGUCUAAACCAGCACCAACAAAUUCUGAACCAAGGUUUGCUAAAUUUACUGUCAUCGUCUUUGCUUGGAAGUACAGAUAUUGGACUUCUAGGCCUUCAGAAUCCAUCUCUGUCCUUGCCUUCUGCAGUGGGGGACCCUGAAACUACUGCUUUGCAGACUUUACUGAUGGCUUCUCUCCUGCAAGGUCCUCUUUUACCACUAGGGGGACUAGGGCUACCGCAGCUUGAUCUUCAACAAAACAACCAACAACAAAGCACCCUUUUGCCAUCUCUCAUGCCUCUGUUGGACUCAUUACCUACUUCACAAACUGACACAGCUGAGAAGAAUGAAGCACCCCUGUCUCUACCUGAAACUUUCCCUGAUAAUGGUCUCCAACCACUGCUUUUCCCACCUGCAUCACCUGCUCUGAUGGCGCUCAACUCUGCACUUCUCGCUGCCAGUCUUGGGGCUGUGGACUCCUCCACUUGCACUGGACAGGUAACUGAAAACAACUGUAUCAAUACCUCCUGCACUGGGUCUGCCUCUGUUACUACAACCACUAUUACACCUGCCUUAUCAGAGGGGAAACCCCCUCCAUCUGAACCACACAGCCCCUUCCACCUCCCGCAAUCGCAAGCACCAACACCUGGCAGGCUCAACACACUGAUGCCACCUCUGCUCAACCCACUGAUCACCGCUGGUUUAUUAGGGGACCUAUCUGCACUGAAUGCAAAUACUGGUGCCCAAUUAGGAAGCCUCCAAUCUCUGCUGGGUGCUCAGGCCUUACUCCCAAACCAGCAGACAUAUCUUCCCUCCCUCUCUGGAGCUCUGGGAAUGCAGAUGUUCCAAGGACAGUCCCUUCUCCAAGGACAACGCAGUGGCUCCCAGACACAGUCUGGCCCUGAAAAAGAAGUCAACCAGUCUUCCCAACCUGAGGGCUCUAUUACCCCCACAUCUCAAACCCCAUCUUUUUGUCAGCAGACUUCUGACUCUACCUUGUCCUCUCCAAGAACAGAAGUGUCCGGGAAAGUACAGACGUUACCACUUCCUGCCUUGAGGCUUGGUUCUUCUUUUGUCUCCAACACCUCAAGUGCCUUUGAAACCAGCCCCAAUUCCAAAGGCUCCCAGUUCCAGGGACCAGCAUGCAUAGACAUCCCUCCUGAUAUACCACCUGACCCCCCAAAUACAGAUAACUUAUCUCACUCUUUAGAUUCUUCUUCUACUGAGACAGAUCCAGAAGUAUCUCCUCUUAAAAAACACCGGCUGCUACCAGAUCCAAUAGGUCCCUCAGAAGUCCCCAAUGGAGCUUCCCCAAACCUUUUCCCAUGGAUGGGUUCUCCCCAUUCUUCUAACGCCUUAAAUAUGUCUGAGCUGGAGCUCCCCAAGGGAAAGGAACGUGGCUAUAGGUUCAAUGGACGAGCCAGAGGAGAAAGGUCAUAUGGCCGGCGACCUCGAGGGCAUAGACUUUCUGGAUCGCGGACCUCCUUUUGGAGAUAUAAUGGAGGAGAUGUGGUUGAGGGAGAAGUUGCAGGACAUAGCCAGGAACUAUCACAGCCACUUAUGGGAAUCCCUGCUUUUAGCCCUCACUGGCAGGAAGAGGGUGGACAGCCACGGGAGCAGGAGGUGGAGGUGCCACCCCAGCUGCUGAAACGCUCCCGCAGAGGAAGGAGGAGGGGCCAGAAUUCACAGAGGAUAAGCAGUCGGCUAGAAACUGUUCCUCCAAAGUGGACAACUGAUCCAUCCAAUGGUUUAAAUACUGACCGUCCUAUCAUCCGACCAAACAGACCCGGUCGUCCUGCCAAGAACAGAAGACGAAGGAUGAUAUAGUAGAUUUUUGUGCUUUUAGUAUUUUAACUCUCUCAACCCAACUCCUUAAUCCAACUGACCGAGCUCAUCAGGUCUUUCCUUUUAAGGCACUUCCCCUUGUUCCCUUAAAUGUGUUUUCACAAUGAAUACAGCGAGUUCUAGGAGCCUUUUGUUGACAGUUACCCUUUUGGGGAUAACUAAGGCUCCAACUGAAAACAAAUCAUCAAAGAAGAGUCUGCCUUUCAUUCAUAAUUUUACAUAAUUGCACCAACCAGUGAAUUCUGUAGCCCUUGAUCUGCACAGAGUUUCUCUAAGUCAUGGUUCUAUUACCCUAUUACCAUAGCUAUCGCUGGUUAAGUACUGUAGCUUGAACUGACAAAGGCACAUGAUUCCUUGGCCAUGGUCUUGCCCUGUAGAAAUCUGAUUGGCUCAGGCACACCAGGCAUACUGCAGUUCCUCACCUGAGCAGCAAUAUCAUACUCUGGAGUGAAAUUUGUUUCCUCAUUGUAAUUACUUGCCUUCCUGUACUCCUUCCAGUUACAUGUUUGCUUGCAGUCUACAGCAACUAUGCUCCACUAUGGAUCACUUGCUCUCCAUCUUUCCUUUUGUUAGUGCAGAUCAGCUCAGGCCCCCACACUGAUUUCACCAGAGAUCGUGUUCUGAUUCUUUAGGAUUCAUUAUAUAACAAUCAUGAUGUGAAUGCAUACAUAGAUUUGCUUUUUGUAAAGCCUUGCUAGAAGUACAAUAAAGGGAGCAAAAUAGACCUGUGUUCAACAUGAGCCCAAAAACUUGGACUUCUUUUGAAAACAUGUAUUGCCUGAUAAUUUAAAGGGAAAAGGAAAGUUAUAAUAAUGGGGUAGCCAAGGUGUUGGAGUGUUCCUAGUCAUUCUAGUCACUUACUUUCUGCUGAGUGCAAUGCCACCACAAUUUUCAUAUUUUUUUCUCCUUAUCAACCUGUGCACUACAGGCAUCUGAUUUCUGUACUGCAUGGUGCCUAUGUAGAAAAAGUGCUGACGCUCCCCAGUGAUUUUACCUUUCAUUCUCUUUCAAGUUUAGAUAAUUUUAUUUGAUUAAUUUACCAUAUCUCAUAUUAGGGCUAUUCAUUACUGAGAAGCCUUUUGGAUUUACAGAUUUGUCUGAUAUUUCAGAGAUUAUUCAUUUUUUAACUGCAGAUAUAAUUAAUAUUGUAACAACAGUGCCAUCUGCUGGUCAGUUUCUGUAACUGUGCAGUCAAAGAAAUAUACCUUCAGAAGGACAACAGCGUACUGUUCUGAUUCUGAUGUUGCUCUGCUCAGGACGGAGUUGAGAAAGGGCAUGUUCAUUUUCUGAUCCCUUUCUUUAGAAGAGCAACAUCAGACCACUUCUCUGUUUUACUUUUGAAAGUAUAGCUGUUUGACUGUACAGUUACAGGAAGUGACCAGCAGGUGGCACUGUUGUCGCAAAAUUCAUGAAAAACAUAAAUAGACCUGAAACUGAAAAAAAUACUGUAAAUUGCAGAAGUGCUUAGAAAAGUGGCCUGAGCAAUUUUACAUAAUUUGUUUUUAAUGUUUACUUAUCCUUUAGUAUUAUUAGUGAAGUGGCUGGGUGCUGGAAGGGGACACAACAUAAGUGCAAAGCAGUAGUUUAAUUUAUUUUUAUUUUUCUUUGGCUGCUAAUGAAUCUAUAACUCACUAUAUUGUAUGGAACCCAGAAACUUUGAAUCUAUGGCACUUGUCAAGUUCUUGAGGGUCAGUGCUGCAGAUUCUACAGCAGACAAGAGAUUAAUGCUCUUGAAAGCACAACGAAUAUUUUCUAUUUCUUACCCCCCAUUCUUUCUUUCUCUGCAUGUUUUCACCUGUGAGAUAGUUUAUUAAUGUUUCCAUACUGAAUUGAUGUUUAUUUCUGUUCAGUGUGUAUCCCAUGCUUUGCUAUUUCUACUGAUUUCUCUCCAGUUUGUACACCGGAUCUUGUAGAAUGCCUGGUGCUGUUAAAGCUUUUGACUGUUUCUCCCCGGCUAGUCUUGGUCAUGAUGUGAACAUAAGCAUAGUCUCUUUACCCUACAAUAUAGGUAUAUAUAUAUAUAUAUUAAUUUCAGUGCUUAAUAUUUCAUUUUGGAGCUAUGCUAUAUGCAAUAAAGGGGCAUCAGAGGAUUUAGGGAGCAGCAGCAUUGUUCAGUGGGUGUGUUCAAUGUUAAUAAGCAAAGAAAAUAUGAGCAGAUAAUAUGGCUGCCUGUUCAAUUCAAUUCCCGAAAGUAAUUUGCUCCAAACCUCUAAGCACUAAAUACACUAGUACACUAAUAUAAUAUAUUUGUAUAACAUAUUUCUUUGGCCUGAUGCUCAGAGCACUAGUGCAACAUUUUACAAGGAUCAUUUAAUGAUAUUUCCCUCCCCGCUUUAUUGGGUGUAGAAGCAUCUGGAAGGUUAAAUGCUGGCACCUUUGGCAUACAGAAAGAAAGUCUCUUCAGGCCACCCAUGUUUUGUACCUUUUUUAUAAUGAAUUCCAGAUUUUUAAAGCCAUAAUGUUCCCAGUGGCCUUUCAAUAUACGUGAUUGUAAUCGAAUAGAUGAAAGGCAUAUUGUGUUUAUAUCACUAGAAUAAUACUGUAUUAUCACUAAAUUUGCCUUGGACCUGUCUGCCCUAGUAUAUUUAUAGCCAUAAUGCACCGCAGGAGUUAGGAAGGCCUUAGCCAUCCACACUAAAUGGAAGGACUGCUGCCUCAUUAAAAAAAUAACAUGAAAUAUUAAUGGGAUACUUGAACCUUUAUAUAAAGGUUUCCUCUCCGAGGCAAAAUAAGCCUCUGCCCCCUGUAUGUAACAAGAAGCACAGAUUUUGCCCAGGGGCCAUGACCCAAUUCAGCCAAUAAGAUGUUUGCGGUUAAACAGGUGACCAAGUGCUACCUGCUGAUUGGUUGCUAAAGUUAAAGCAAACUUUGCAGCUUUUAUUACAUAACCCCAUGCGUUGAUUGUUGAUGUCUCUGUAUAAAUGCUUAGGGCUUUGUACACCCCUGUCUGCAGACUCCCCUUCAGGGGCCUCCCUAUUGGAUGUAAUGCACUGGGCAGAGGCCUCUCUAUGCCACACCUCCCUAUUGGAUGUAAUGCACUGGGCAGGGGCCUCUGUGUAUGUGUAGUACUGAAUAAGAAAUUCAGCCCUGGGCUACAUAGGCCUGCUGUACACAAGACUGUGUGCUGUAGCCCUGUGUUCUUCUAUUAACACACACAUUCAGACUUGCUACCUUUAUAAACCAUUAGUGCAUAGCUCAGUUCUUUUUAUUUGCAUUCGUUGCUAUACUGACCAUAUUGGGGUUACCAUAUUGCUUGCUUUUAGCACUCUAGAUAUACCACUAGGCAGCGGUUUGUACAGUAACAUUUCUGGCCUUUAGAGAUGCUGAGUUUGUCUAUGGACAUCCAAAGCAAGCAAUAUGACUGCUCCCUCCUAUAUAUAUAUUUAUAUGCAGAUAUAGACAGGGCAAUUGUUAUAUAAAAUAACCUUGCUCUUGCUAUUCUUCCCAUUAUAUGGAAAAUAAACCCUUGUUAGGAAUGUGUUUCCUUUAUAGGGAGACUGAGUUCCACAUUUGUAUUUUAGUCCAUUGUCUAUAGUGCAAAGCAAACCACCCCCCUCCCUGUAAUGUAAUUUUCCCCAUUGCCCACACUGUGCUGUAACAUCCCUGCUAACAAUGCAAGUCACCACCAGGCCAUUUCUACUGGUACAGGUUUGGGACCUGUUAUCCAGAAUGCUUGGGUACUGGGGUUCUCUGGAUAAGGGGUCCUUACAUAAUUUGGAUCUCCAUACUUUAAGUACUAUAAAAAUAUUUAAAUAUUAAAUAAACCCAAUAGAACUGUUUUGCCUCCUAUAAGGACUAAUUAUAUCUUAGUUGGGAUCAAGUACAAGGUACUGUUUUAUUAUUACAGAAAAUAAGAAAAUCAAUUUUAAUAAUCUGACUUAUUGGAUUGAAAUGGAAUCUAUGGGAGAGGCACUUCCUGUAAUAAGGAACUUUCUGGAUAAAGAAUCUCAUACCUGUACCUGCCCUUACCCAGUCUGUACAUGUCCCCGUCCUCAGCACCUGGAGGGGAAACAUACCGGGCUGCCCUGUUACCCAUGUUGCAUUUCAGGUGCCACUAAUAUCUGUGUCUCGGUGGAAAUUCAGAGCUUUGUGGAUAGUGAUUUGGUACUUUCACUUUAUGUCCUGAUGCUGUUACUUUACUGGAUCCCCCGUGUUAUGUUGUAACUUGCCCAGUUUCAUACGUUAGAAUGUGACUGUGCCAGCAGGCACGUUUCCAGCUUGUCCUUUUAUUUUAACACUUUCCCUACACAACAACACUAAUGGCCAAUAAAAUACUGUUACAUAUUUACUUCCGUUAUUAGCAAGCAAUAUGGGAACUCCCACUAACGGCUAUGGAUGCAAAUAUGCAGUGAAUGAUGUUCUAUGCACUCACACUACGCAUAGACUUUAUACUGUAAUCCCUACAGGGGACCUACACCCCACCCAUAUAACUUGCUCUUCUGAGCACUUUUGCAAUUUACAUUAGUUUUUUCUUAGAUUCAUAUCGGCAGCUUUUACAGUGCUCAAAUCUUAAAUGUGUAACAGGAGCACCCUGGUUAUUGGCUGGGCAGCAGAACAAAACUACCAUUUACUGAUGCAGGAAGCAUCUCCUGACACUUCCCUGCCCACAGAUAACAGGAGCCUCAGAUACUCCUUGCUUUUGCCAUUCUGUUGGACUCCUGCCCAGCAGAACAGCUGGGGGUGAUCCUGUUACACAUUCAUGAUAUAUAAAAGCUGCUAAUAUAAAUAUCUAAAGAAUAAUAAAAUUACAAUUACUCAGAAGAUCGCUGUGCAUUUUUACAUUGUUGUUCAUCUUUAAUAUAUUUGGUCUUAAAGGGCACCUAUGUCCUCUUGAAAACCACUUGUAUUAAAAAUGAAUACUUCUUGUGUUCCCUUGAAGCUUUGCCAGCCGUUCCAACUGAACUAAUAAAUGCUCUCUCCUUCUGUACUGCUAUAAGCCAUAUACAUCUACCCAGUGCCCAUCAUAGUCAACCUCUUCUAUAUCCCCCCAGCCAUCUCUAUGGUUCUAGCAUAUACCUGCCUAGGGACUUCAUUUCUAUAUUCCUUUCUAGGGUGGAAUGUACCGCUGAUUCCCAUUUGCCGCACACUACAAGCAGCCUGUUAGACCUGCCAAUAGGAAAGUGAAUGACAUGUAGGUCCCUGUUUGGUUGCUGGAGGUUGCAAAGCACUUCUGUACAAUGCAUUUCAAUCCUCUUCUGCAGGGACAGGGCUAACGUAUACACUCAAAUAUGCAAUUGUAUAACCUGUUAUUUGUGUCUGUGUAAAUACUGUAUCAUAAUAAUAUUAAUAAUAUCUUGUGUCUUGUAAAUGAUUAUGACGAAAAAAAGAAGACAUCACAAUAUUUGUAUCAAUUUCUGCCUUUUUCAUGUAAAAUAUUUUCCCCUUUUAAGUUUUUAAUAUUUUUUUGUAAAAAAUCAAAACAAAAAAAAUGGAAAAACAAGGCAAACUUUUACAAUUGUGAAUUUUAGCUUUUUUAUAUGGAAGUUGACCUUUAAUUUAACAGAUGAAAAUAUUUUGAAACCUUUUUAGAUUUUAUGUUUUCUGAUUAUUGAGGGGUUGUUUUAUUUUGUAUCAAGUAUUAAAAUGAAAAGUGUGGUAAUAUGUUUGAACUGA